UGACCAUGAGGCAUGAGUCUUUAAAAUAUCGCACUCACGGUUUUUAAUGGAAUAUUGCUGGCAACACGCAUUAAUCAAAUGGCUGAGAUUAAAACACUCGAAUCCAACGGCUGAGGAGAAACAUGACAAAGUUGUCAUGCACAAAAAGCACGGGAUUGCGAAAGAGGCCACGCAACUAAAGCCGAUUGGCAUCACAGCUUCAACUUUCUAGGAAAGCAGAAAAUCUCUGUUGCUAGAAAGACUGUCAGGAGAGCAACCCGAUGGCGACGCUGCCAAGCGAACAACAUGGGAACUCAAAUCCGGCGGAACCACCGGCAGAUGUUCAUCUUCAAACCGAGAAAAAAUACGAUGUCCAUGUAACCGUUGGAUCAGCUCCUUCUCAAUCCAGAGGUACCUCAGAAAUAUCGAAGAAGGAAGUUCAUAACCCACCAUCAUUGCAAGUUGCAUUCAGGGGCGAUUGGGAAUCUGCUAAAAGAUUUUUCGGACAAGAUUCUGCUUCAAACAUAGCCCUGACCUUGUGUUUCCAAACCGAGAAAAAAGAUGAAGUCAAAGAUGAAACCAUUGGAUCAGCUCCUUCUCAAUCCAGAGAUGCCCUAGAAAUAUCGGAAAUCGUAGUGGGGGAACAAUAUUACCGGCCAUUGUUGCAAGCUGCAUUCAGGGGCGAUUGGGAAUCUGCUAAAAGAUUUUUCGAACAAGAUCCUGCUUCAAUGGUGGCCAAAAUAACAAGGAGAUCAGAAACGGUGCUUCACAUAGCCGCUUUGAGUGCACAAGACCAAUUUGUUGAGAACCUGGUUGAGCUCUUGUCUCCGUAUCCGCAAGCCCUUGCAAUGGUUGAUUGUGAUCGCCGGACAGCCCUCCACAAUGCUGUCCAGUGUGGAAGGAUAAAGAUGGUCAAGGCAUUAGUUAGAAGGAAUACUGAUUUGACUUUACUUGCAGAUAAGAAAGGACAUGUUCCUCUCAUAAUAUCUACUUUUAAAGGUUCUGCGCAUAAGGAGAUCGCCUGGUUCCUGGCGAAAAAUAUGACAGAACUUGAGCGGCCAAGUCUUCCCUUCAUCAGGGACUCUGCGAUUGACUUAAUUAUAGAACUCACCUUCGCUGGUCAGCAUGAUAUCGCCCUUUAUCUAGUUGGACGACACCCUCAUUUACUUACCAAGAAAAGAAGAAACUUAUCUGUAUUGGGUGUGUUGGCGAGGAUGCAAUCUCACUUUCUCAGCGUAACCAGGCUCAGUGUUUUGGAAGCAUUGAUUUUCAAAUGUAUUCCAGUGGACUUGAACUACAAACCAAGAGAUGAAAAUUCAAGGAAUAUGCAAACCUCAAUGGACCCAGUGCUUCAAUAUCUUGCAAGUUUACUUUGGAACGCCACCAAUAUUCUAGUUCCUCCAAUCAAGAGGAUUCACGAGGUGAAGCUGAAACAUGGGGCAGCAGUCGAGUUGGCAAAACAAGUUUGCCACGCGAUCUCUGAUAUGAAACCUACCGAAAUCACCGACUUUUUCCUGGAGAGGAACCUGUUGGGUUUUGCUAUAACCAAGGGAAACAGUGAACUCGUGAAGAUAUUUUUCAGUUUUUCCCGCAGCUUAUUCGGAUUUCGCCUAAUGGUGAGAGUUUGAUGACACAUGCUGUGAAGUCUCGCCAAGAAAGGAUUCUCUCACUCUUCUUGAAGAUAAGCUCAACCAAUGAGUUGUCAUUAGUGCCGGCGCCUACACCGGAAGAAGCAGACAAGAUGAUGCUCGCAGCAGCGAAGUACGACUCUGAUUUUGAUGCUGCAACUUAUGUCUCCGGAGCAACUUUUCAAAUGCAAAGAGAACUCCAAUGGUUUAACGCUGUGGAAAGGUGGCUUUUCCCUAAUUUUAGAACCUUCAAACACGAAGGGAAAGCAUACUGGCAAAUAUUCACAGAAGAGCACGGAGUGUUGCUUGAGAAAGGAGAGAAAUGGGUCAAGCACACAGCAGAUAAAUGUAUGCUCGUCUCAACUCUAAUUGCCACAGUAUUGUUUGCUGCUGCUUUCACUGUACCCGGUGGCAAUAAUGACAAGACUGGAAUCCCAUUGUUGUUAGGUCGGGACUCUCUCCUAAUUUUCGCAAUUUCAGAUGCAUUAGGUUUGUUUUCUUCCGUGACAUCUAUCUUGCUAUUCUUGGCCAUCUUAACUUCUCGGUAUGAUCCAGAAGAUUUUCUUGACUCAUUGCCUAAGAAGAUCAUUAUGGGCCUUGUUUUUCUCUUCCUCUCCUUGGCUUUCAUGCUGGUGGCAUUCGCUGCAACUCUCAUAAUUGUGCUUGAUAAGAGACUGGAGUGGGUUCUCAUUCCCAUCACUCUGCUGGCCUUUGUCCCCGUGAUUUUAUUCGUAUUACUACAGCUUCCCCUGCUAUACCAAAUGGUUAAGUCCACUUAUGGACCCAGUAUCUUUUGUCCUGAGAGCAUAUGGGAGUGAGGCAUAUUUUUGGAUGUGAUCACGUGAUUGACGAAUAUGUUUUGAAAGUGUAUGCCUUCAUUAUAGUUGGUUGUUUGUAGUGGGGCCAAUGCAAUAUUUAAUGUAUUUCCUAAAAGUAUUUGAACAAUUACUAUGUAUCAUGCUUCCCUACCUUGGUACCAAAGAUCUAUUAUGAUUUGAUCAAUUUAAAA